AUGGGUGGUAAAGUUGAUAGAUCAAUUAAUAAUGGUACUUCACCACCAAUAUUCCGUAUAAAUGGUCAAAACUUCCAUCGCAUUGGAAGUCUUUUACCUACAGAUGGAGUUCAACCGAAGUUUGCGCAACUUUAUAUUCAUGACACAGCAAAUGAAAUAGAAAAUCGUAUGCAAUGUGUUAGAGGCGAUAGCAACCAAGUGGGUCUACAUGAAGAAGUUGUUCAUGACAUUAAAGAGGUGUUAGAUAACAAUAAUGUGUUCGUGAAAUCAUUCCGUAUGGCCAAGAAGUUUCUUGAUUGUAAUCCCUCAGCUGAGAUUAAAAUGAGACUAAUAGGUAGGAGGGCUACAGAUGCACGAACUUAUACAUUACCAACUGCAUCUGAGGUUGCCGCUCUGAUCGUAGGAGAUUUAGAGCCAACGAUGGGUGAGCGGGACAUUUUAGUAGAAUGUAAGACUGGAGGUUUGAAAAGAAUUAGUGAAUUAAACCCAGCAUAUUUGCCAUUGCAAUACCCAAUUUUAUUCCCUUAUGGUGAGGAUGGAUUUAAGGAGGACAUUCGAUUUUCAACAACACUGACUAAACAAAAUUGGUCAAGAAAAAGUGUGUCUCAAAGGGAGUAUUUUGCAUUCCGUGUUCAUGAAAGGUUAACUGAGAUAUCAACUUUACUAUACGCUAGGAGGUUAUUUCAACAAUUCUUAGUGGAUGCGUAUACAAUAGUUGAAUCUGCUAGGUUGUGUUAUAUAAGGGCAAAUCAAAAAGGUUUGAGAUGUGACGCAUACAAAGGUCUCUCAGAUGCCUUGACUAGAGGUUAUCCAAACCUAUUCAUUACAUUUACAUGCAAUCCUAAAUGGCCUGAGAUUCAACGAUUUUUGGAGAAAAGGAACUUGAAGGCAGAAGAUAGGCCAGACAUAGUUUGUCGUGUGUUCAAGAUGAAAUUGGAUGCAAUGAUCAAAGACAUUAAAAAAGGAAAAUUAUUUGGCCGUGUCAAAGCUGUUAUUUACACAAUAGAAUUUCAAAAGAGGGGUUUACCACAUGCGCACAUAUUGUUAUUCUUGGAAAAGCAUGAUGAUUUCUCUAGCCCAACAUUCAUGGAUUCGAUUAUUUCUGCUGAGAUUCCGGAUAAGCGUACUUCCUAUUUUAUACGGCAGUUGAGGAAUUCAUGGUUCAUGGACCUUGCGGUCAUGCUAAAAGGAAUUCACCAUUACAAGGCUCACAUUAAUGUUGAAUGGUGCAACCAAUCACAGUCAAUCAAGUAUUUGUUCAAGUACGUUAACAAAGGUAAUGACCGUGUCACUGCUGAGUUUUAUAAGACCACGACUGAUGAUAUUGGUAAUGAAGUUGUAGAUGAAAUCAACAUGUACUACGAUUGCCGAUACAUUUCUGCGUGUGAAGCAAUGUGGCGCUUAUUUAGUUCGAGGGAAUCAGUUGCAGAAAGUAUGUUCAAUGGAUGGUUCAUAGCAAAUCAGAAGUAUGCAGAAGCGAGGCAGUUAAGUUACAUCGAGAUGCCUACAAAAUUUGUUUGGAAAAAGGACAGUCAUGAAUGGCAUCCAAGAAAGAAGGGCUUUUCCAUUGGCCGGAUAUUCUAUGUUCCACCAGCCUCAGACUUGUGUUUAACUGACGAUGAGAAGAAAAACUAUGGGCUACUUGAGUUGGACAAAUUGUUGGAACAACAGAAUAGAUCUUUAAAGGAUUACCACCCCAUGCCUAUUCCAGAGAUGACUAACUCUAGGUUGGUCCAGAAUAGAUUGUUGUUUGAAGAGUUAUCAUAUGAUCAUGAGUUUCUACAACAAGAAGCUCUUGAGUUGUGUGAAAAAUUGACAGAAGAGCAGAGAAUUAUUUAUGAUACUGUUUUAGACGAUAUUUCAAGUAAACGGGGUGGUUUGUUUUUUGUAUAUGGGUAUGGUGGCACUGGUAAAACAUUCAUGUGGCGAGCAUUAUCUUCUGAACUACGGUCUAAAGGCCAGCUUGUUUUAAAUAUGGCAUCAAGUGGUAUAGCUUCGUUGUUGUUGCCUGGUGGACAAACUGCACACUCAAGUUGCAGGAUAAUGAGGCUCACAAAGAACUUGCGCUUGAAUGCUAUGCAAGACCCUGUAGAACAACAAGCUACGCAAGAAUUUGCAAAUUGGAUAGCUUCAAUUGGUGAUGGUAAGAUUGGUGGACCUAAUGAUGGGUAUGCAGAAGUAGAAAUACCCAGUACUAUGUUACUACCGUCCAAUGGUGACCAUAUUGAAACAAUUGUUAGAAGUACAUUUCCUAUUUUUGCAAAUGGUAAUUCUAAUGCAAGUUAUCUGCAAGGGCGUGCUAUUUUGGCACCUACCCUAGAGGUAGUAAACUCAGUGAAUGAGUAUAUGAGUGAGUUGCAUACGGCUGAAAGUAGAACAUAUUUUAGUUGCGACACAAUAUGCAAAGCUGAUGCAGAUGCUGGAAUACUUGGUGAUGUGCACACACCUGAAUUUUUGAAUGGCAUUAGAGCUUCAGGUAUUCCAAACCAUGCACUAACCCUAAAGAUUGGUUCACCAGUCAUGUUGUUAAGAAAUAUUGAUCACUCAGUUGGUUUGUGUAAUGGUACGCGAUUGGUAAUCACCAAGUUAGCAGACCGUGUAAUUGAAGCUGAAUUAAUGGAUGGUGCUAACAAAGGAACAAAAGUACUGAUACCCAGAAUGUCAAUGUCACCGUCUGAUACCAGGCUGCCAUUCAAGUUUCAACGAAGACAAUUCCCGUUGAUGUUAUCAUAUGCAAUGACUAUUAACAAAAGUCAAGGUCAAACAUUGUCACAUGUUGGAUUGUUACUUAAAAAACCAGUUUUUGUGCAUGGUCAAUUAUACGUGGCUGCAUCUCGAGUUAACAACCCAAGAGGUCUAAAAAUAUUGAUUGCCAACGAGUCAAAAACAGGUGCUACAUCAACAACCAAUGUGGUCUAUCAUGAAAUCUUCAAUAAUUUGUAA